CCUGAGUAUGCUUGUGACGAGAACCGGAUGGUGAACCACUUCUGGGAUGCUCUAGACUUGGAGAUACGUGACAGGGCAACACAAUUGCCUAACAUGACGUUUGCCCAAGUGGUUGACCAAGGGUUGAAAGGAGAGAAGCAAUGGGAAGAAAGGAAGAAGAGAGACGCCGAGGAGGCGAAAAAGAGAAAGUGGGAGAGUCAUGGCUCCCAAGGUUCCAACAAAAAGGGGAACCACGGAGGAGGAUCUUUCCGGGCACCACCGCCACCAUAUAGGGGGAACCAAGGCCCGAGUGGGCAAGGCGCGAGGUCACAAACCUCAGUGGUAGCUCGUUGCAACAAUUGCAAGAAGAACCACUCCGGUAAAUGUCGCGACCCCCCUAGAUGUUUUCAAUGCGGGGAUGCCGGGCAUUUGAAGGCACAUUGCCCACAACUGGGCGGGGCAAGGACAUCGGGACCAAGUAGUGGCCCGACGGGUACACGGAAUCAGACCGGGGCUUCUCAAGCAAGCAGGGGGCAAGGGGGAGCAAGUGCGAGCAACGCGCCAUCCGUGAACCAAGGGAGGACCCAGGCUAGGGUCUAUGCGAUGACGGAGGCGGAUGCUCAAGCUAACCCGGACUCUGUCGCAGGUAUUGCCUCUCAUAUACUAGUGUUUAUCCUUGAUUAGUCCAUAAAUUGAGGAUACUAAUCGCUAGGAUCAUUGCACGAGGUUUUGGGGUCAAACCGGGGGAUUUCGGGCAACUUCAGGCGGCUGGGACCCAGGCACGAUCGUGCCUAAGGCAGACACGAUCGUGCCUCCAAGUCAGUAGCUGCCCAGGAAUAUUCGCAGCCCAGGCACGAUCGUGCCUAAGGCAGACACGAUCGUGCCUACAAGGCAGUAGCUGCCCAGGGUUUUUCUCCAAACCAGGCACGAUCGUGCCUAAGGCGGACACGAUCGUGCCUCCAAGUCAGUGGUUCCCAGGAUUUUUCCAACCCAGGCACGAUCGUGCCUAAGGCAGACACGAUCGUGCCUCCAAGGCAGUAGCCCCAGGGCGUUUUCCUGAGCCAGGCACGAUCGUGCCUACCCCGGGCACGCCGUGCCUGGCACCCAGAUUGCCGAAACCCGAUUUGUUCGCAUCGUUUUGCGACGUUAAGGCCUCUUCUUGAUCCCUAACGUGCGUGUGAACAUUGCAACCUUCUAUAAAUGAGUAGGGAGGGUAGGAAAGAUGUCUUACAUGGUUCAUGAAUGUAGGGACACUAAAGAUUAACGGGAAGGAUGCACGAAUCCUUAUCGAUACCGGAGCGCAACGUUCAUUCGUGAGUGAGGCGUUUGCCGAGAGCUUAGAGAUGCAAUCAAUACCAAUGACACAAACCUUAGUGGUAUCAACCCCACUAGGGGAAGACGUUGAAAGAAACAAUUACUAUCCAUCUUGUAUGGUGGAAAUCGGUGGCCAAACCUUGACGUGUGAUUUCGUACCGCUGAGUAUGAUGGAGUUCGAUGCAAUCCUAGGGAUGGAUUGGCUAGAAAAGCAUCAUGCUAGGGUAGAUUGCUACACAAAGGUGUUGGAACUCGAAGGCACACAUGGGGACACCCUACGCUUCGAGGGGGACCGCGGCAAAUCAAAUAGUUGUAUCAUAUCCGCCGUGAGAGCGAGAAAUAUGAUGAGGAAGGGAUGUCACGCAUAUCUAGCAUACGUGGUUGACAAAACCAAAGAGGAAACGAACAUCGAUGAUGUGAGGGUGGUUUGUAAGUAUCCGGAUGUCUUCCCUAAAGACCUACCGGGGCUUCCACCUGACAGAGAGAUUGAAUUUGUGAUCGAGGUCGAGCCCGGCACCAAACCAAUCUCCAUACCGCCAUACCGAAUGGCACCCGCAGAACUUAACGAGUUGAAAACCCAAUUGCAAGAGCUUUUGGAUAACGGUUUCAUUAGACCAAGCCACUCCCCGUGGGGAGCACCGGUUCUUUUCGUGAAAAAGAAAGAUGGGACACUUCGAAUGUGCAUUGACUAUCGUCAACUGAACAAGGUCACAAUCAAGAAUAGGUAUCCUUUGCCUAGGAUUGAUGACUUGUUUGACCAAUUGCGAGGAGCAACUGUGUUCUCGAAGAUUGACUUGAGGUCGGGGGUACCAUCAAUUGAAGAUCAAAGAGGAUGACAUACCGAAGAGUGCCUUCCGCACUAGGUAUGGACAUUUUGAGUUCCUUGUUAUGUCGUUUGGGUUAACAAACGCCCCGGCGGCAUUCAUGGACUUGAUGAACCGAGUAUUUCACAAAUACUUGGACCGAUUCGUGAUCGUGUUCAUAGAUGACAUCUUGAUCUACUCAAAGAGUGAGGAAGAACAUGAGGAGCACUUGAUACUCGUUCUUGAGACACUACGGGAGAAGCAACUCUAUGCCAAAUUUUCCAAAUGUGAAUUUUGGCUUAGGGAGAUUGGCUUUCUCGGGCAUGUGGUAUCGGGAUCGGGAAUUGCGGUUGAUAACAAGAAAAUAGAAGCCAUUACCGAAUGGGAGAGGCCAAAGAACGUCAAAGAAAUUCGUAGUUUUCUUGGGUUGGCAGGCUACUACAGAAAGUUCGUGGAGAAGUUCUCCGUUUUGGCAUCACCAUUGACGAAGCUCACUCGUAAAGGAGCUAAGUUUGUAUGGGAUGACAAAUGUGAGAAAGGUUUCAUUGAACUAAAGAGGAGAUUGACCGAGGCACCGGUACUCGCAUUACCCAAGCAGGGUAUGGGGUACGAUGUCUAUAGUGAUGCCAGCAUCCAAGGGUUUGGAUGUGUGUUGAUGCAAAUGGGGAGGGUAAUUGCCUAUGCUUCACGACAAUUGAAGAAACAUGAGGUAAAUUAUCCUACUCAUGAUUUGGAGCUCGGGGCAGUGGUGUUUGCACUUAAGAUAUGGAGACAUUAUCUCUACGGGGAGACAUGCCACAUAUACACUGACCACAAGAGUUUGAAGUACGUGUUUACUCAGAAAGAGUUAAACAUGAGGCAGAGACGGUGGAUGGAGUUGAUAAAAGACUACCACCUGGUAAUCGAGUACCAUCCAGGCAAGGCCAAUGUGGUGGCAGAUGCCUUGAGCCGGAAAAGCUCAUCUGGGGCAUUGAUAGCUAACUUGAGGGCUUUAAGAGCCCAACUGGAGGUAUCCAGUAAUGGAGCCUUAUUGGCACGAUUUGAGGUGAGACCUACUUUGCUUGAUGAGAUCAAGAAGGGUCAGGAAACUGACGAGGAAAUCAUGAGGAUCCGGGAACGCAUGCAAGCGGGACCAGUGGAGGACUUCAGGGAAAGAGAUGAUGGUCUCUUAUUAUUUCGUGACCGAGUGUGUGUACCAUCGGAUGAGGGGCUCCGAAAGUCCAUCUUAGAGGAGGCUCAUUCAUCGGCGUAUGCUAUGCACCCGGGAGGUACGAAAAUGUACUGUGAUCUGAAAGAAAGUUACUGGUGGUCUGGUAUGAAGAGAGAAAUAGCCGAGUACAUCAGUAAAUGCCUUACUUGCCAGCAAGUUAAGGCAGAACAUCAGCAUCCAGCUGGGUUAUUGCAGCCACUUUCCAUUCCAGAAUGGAAAUGGGAGCACGUAACCAUGGAUUUUGUGGUGGGGCUACCACGGACAGUUAAGAAUUAUGAUGCCGUAUGGGUUGUGGUUGAUAGGCUUACAAAGAGUGCACAUUUUCUACCUAUCAACACUACCUAUGCACUUGAGAGGUUAGCCAAGUUGUAUGUGGAUGAGAUCGUGAGGCUACAUGGCGUUCCUAUAACCAUUGUGUCCGACAGGGAUCCACGAUUCACAUCACGAUUUUGGCCGAAGUUCCAAGAGUCUAUGGGAACGAAAUUGAAGUUUAGCACUGCUUUUCAUCCACAGACGGAUGGACAAUCUGAGAGGGUCAUACAGAUAUUAGAAGACAUGUUGAGAGCUUGUGCAUUGGAGUUCCAAGGAAGUUGGGACAACCAUCUAGCACUGGUAGAGUUUGCCUAUAACAACAGUUAUCAGGCGAGUAUUGGCAUGCCUCCAUACGAGGCAUUGUAUGGGAGGCGAUGUCGUACGCCUUUGUGUUGGGACGAAGUUGGCAUGGCCAAACUUGAGAGCACAGAAUUGGUGGAGAUCACCAAGACAAAGGUGAAGAUGAUUCGUGAUAGGCUUAAGGCAGCCCAGGAUAGACAAAAGAGCUAUGCCGAUAAACGCCGGAGAGCCUUAGAGUUUAAGGUGGGAGAUGAGGUGUUUCUGAAAGUUUCACCUUGGAAAGGGAUCAUCCGUUUUCAAAGCCGAGGGAAACUUAACCCACGCUACAUAGGGCCAUUUGUGAUUCUUGAAAGAAUUGGGGCCGUAGCAUACCGACUUCAGUUGACUCCGGAAUUGGAGAAGAUACAUAACGUGUUCCACGUGUCUAUGCUAAAGAAAUAUGUGCCGGAUCCGUCUCACGUGUUAGAGAAACCACCCGUGGAAAUACGUGAGGACUUGAAUUAUGCCGUUCGACCGGUAAGGAUACUUGAUAGGCAAGUAAAGAAGUUGAGGAGCAAGAGAGUUCCAAUGAUUAAAAUCCUUUGGAAAAGUGACCGAGUUGAGGAAGAAACUUGGGAAACGGAAGCCUUGAUGAAGGAACAGUAUGCAUUUCUUUUUGAAUAGGCAUUGUGAAUUUCGGGGACGAAAUUCCCGUUAAGGGGGGGUGAACUUGUGACACCGCACCCGGAUGUACUUGAAUUUGAAAUGUGACAUGUAUUCGAAUUUCCUAGCGAAUAAAAUUCGUGUAAUUAAUGGGCAUAUUUAAUUAAUGUGCGAUUAAUCGAAUUAUUUAUCGGGCCCAUUAAAUGUGAAUGGGCUACCAAAUAUUUAGUUGGGCUAUCAUAAAAAUCAUAGGGGUCCAAUAAAACGCCAACCGAAGUUGAUAAAAAUAUUUGGACAACCCGGGUGCUAUUUUGACCCGACCGGCCCGAAAUAGCAGGAAUAAUUGGGAGGGACUUCCUAUACCCCAUUUGGGGUUUUUCCCACAAGCUUUGUGGACUCAAAAUGAUGACUUGAGACAAGUAAACAUGGGGAGGGGCGGACUUAUGAGGAGAGGGGAUGGCUCAAGACAAAACCACACCCCCAUGUCCUAUCAUUUGCCUCAUUUGUGGCCUUUGAGAAAGAAGGAAACAUCCCCCCUAUCCUCUACAUUAUUUGGACGACCAAGCAAGGAGGAAAGCUCUAGGAGAGGUUCUUCACAAAGUCUCUAACUUGAGGAAGGCAAUAGGAGAGGAGAUUCAACACAAAGGACUUGGUUCUUGAGGAGUUGAAACCACCGGAAACCGCCAAGAAGGAGGAGCUGUUCGUGGUAGCAGACUACGAACGUCGCCCGGCUUUCACGAAAGCCGCCCGGCUUUCACCUUCUGUCCAGACUUUUCACUCUUGAUCGGUUUAGAACGGGGAUCGAUCGAAGGGCUUAUCAAAGGCAACUAAUCCAGCACUUCAUAAGGUGAGGAUGGCUGACUAUGUUGUUUAUAAUCUUUGGGUUAAUUUCGUAAGAUUACCUAAAGUAGUUAAAUGUUAUUUUCAUGGAUUAUUAAUGAUUAAUAAUGCCUAAAUGAAAAUAUUGUUGUCAAAUGAAUAAAGGAGCAUAAUAUACAAAUUUAAGGAUAAAUUGUGUAUGAUUAUGUAAUGUGAGCAUAUUGGCUUGAUGAAGGGAUUAACUAUGAAUAUUAUGUUGAAAUAUAAUUUUAACUUCAUAUAAGGGUAUAUGAGUGAUUAAAGAUUAUAUUUUGUAUAUUGAUAUGAACUAUAUUUUCAAUGGAAAAUUAGUUUGAGAAUUGUCUAUAUGACUAUGAACUGAAACGAGAUUUUGUUGGAAUUUAUCCGACUAGUAUAAUGAUACUAGUCGGGGUUUUGGAAUGAAAUAUGUUAGAAUUGAUCCAAGGUUUGGAUUGUGAAUUGUUGAACCUUAAGUAGUCUUAAGAGAUACUAAGGUGGAUAAGUUGUGACACCGCACCCGAACGUCCUUGAAAAAAAUUCAAGUUAAAAAUUCAAAGUUUACGUAUUGAAUUUCUGAUUCCCAAACAAUUGUAAAUGAUUGAUGAUUUUACGUAAUUAAUGAUCGAUUAUUAUACCGUCCGAACUCGCAUAUUAGUGUCGGGCUUGUGAAUACUCAUUUGGGCCUUAUUAAUAAAUAAAAGAGCCUAACAUUAUCUAAGUAGCGAUACAUAACGUUUCAGGACAAGUUGAAGAAGGGCGGGCAGCCCAGACAUUAUUUUGGGCUCAACCCGCUAAAAUAGCAAGUAUUCGAGGACGGCG